AUCGGAUUGUUUUCCAGUAAAAUCCACAUUGUCAAUCGAUUGAUAAUUCGAAUUGUGCUACAGAACAAUCAGAUUUUAAUCGAACUAAUCUCCACUGGGCUAGCAAUAACAUCACGUUUGGGUUAAAUGGUGAUCGAUUAAAAUCAAAAUUAUCAAUCGGAUUGCGGAUUUGAUUUUGUUGCACAAUAAUUUGAUUGAAAUCAGCGAAUAUUUUUCACUGGGUAGGGCGCAGAGCCUUGGUGGUUGGGCUGAGCCUAACCAUACUCUACUCUGGUAACCCCACACCCACACCCUCAAGACUGAUAUACAACAUUUUUAAUGGUCAGAUAAGAUGUCUUUUAUUUCAUCUGGAAAGAAUUUUGCAUUUCUUGGAAAUCAAGUCGGACCUUUUUUAGCUCAGAAUAGGAAGUAUCUUGAAUAACCUACCAAGAUGGUGUGGGUGUGGGUGUGGAUGUAAACGUGAUGAUCUUUUUUCUUUGAAUAUACCAGCAACAUAACACCCACACCCUCAAGCCCAGACACGCUUCAAGGGUGUCACGAAAACAAUAGCCUUUCUGAUUUUGAAAGAAAUAUGAGCGUCUUCGAGUGGUAUGUAAGUUAACUUAGUCAUUAUCGAAAAAGAACCUACCGAGUUAAUUUUAUAACAUGGACAAACUUUUCAUACAUGUUUUCAUUUUUCACUCAUCGUUAAUCUUUUUUGCUAUAAGAUGAAGAGAGAAAAAAAGACACAAUAGGAGAAUAAACAAUUCUGGUAAUAAGUGGGAAAAAUGUCUGCAUUUGAGCAAAAAGCGUCGAUAACAAUUUCUUUUUAACGUCUCCUUUUUCAGAUCAUAUUGUUCUUCAUUAGGAAAAAAAUUGUCUGUAUUAGCUAUUUGGAAAAUGGGAGGAAAAUAAUCAUUACUGACAACUAGUAUAAUUACGGCAGCUCUAUCCGACCGAGUAGUAAAUUCGACUUUACAGUUGUCAUCUCAGGGCGCACGAUGGCUUCUACGCAAUUCACAACAGGCUGCAUUAGCCGUUGCAGUUUUUCAAAGUCUUUCGACGAUAUCUGGCAGUGGUGGUUUAGCCAAUUUAGCAUUGAAUGGUCUUCGUAUUCAGGAUUUUCAAGUACCUGAUGAACUGAAUGAUUAUGAGACAUUUACGAUUGAUACUUCCGAUAUCAUUAUGGACUAUUACGAGUACAUAACUUCCACAUCACACGCUUUUGUCAUCUUCAGAAUAGAAAAUGGCAAUGUUUACAUGUGUCAUCUUGUUGGAGAACACUCCAAUAACGAUAAUUCUCCAGCGCUGUAUGUUCAGGUUCGAAAGUUUAAUAGCAGUCAUUGGCAGCCGCGUAACAUACCAGUGCGUCAACUAAGACGAGAGGUAACUUGCGAUAUGCUGAGGAGAUAUAUUGACAACCGAAUAGUUAACUGGGGUCAUUAUGUUUACUCGGAAAAUGAUUGUCGUCACUUUGCAAGUGAUAUAGUCAAGUUUUUUGAGAAGAAAUACUGA